GCUGGGUGAGCACAAGUUGCUACACCGCGAGAUGAAACAGCUCAUUUAUUAGCUUAACAAGGGCUAAGAUUCACAUCUUCUUUCAAGGUAAUACACACUUGGGGCUACAUUCAGAAUGUGGGUCUUUCUUGAGGUUGAAGUUUACAAAGCACUUGCCAAGGCAGAGAACUGAGGACAAAAAGCAAGGUCCACGGGAAAGCCCACGCGAUAGCCGAGCCCAACGCGUGCGCACACUGCGAGAGGCCGCUCCAGGCUCGUGCAGCGAUCUUCUGGCCUUCCGCUUGCGGCUCCCGCCUCCAGGCCGGAGGGAGCCGUUGAUUGGUGAGCCUCGCCCGGGCUCGGGGCGGAGAUUGGGUGAUUGGCAGCAACGCCCCGGGACGGUCAAGCUGGAAGGUGGAGUAGCUGAAGAAGCCGGCGGGCUGCCUCGCGCCGGAGGUAGAGUGAGGUAAAAACUCUGGAAAGCGGUUGGCUUGGGGUCGAGGAGGCGCCCCGGGGACGGCGGCGGGAACCUUUGGUGACACUCAGGGUAGGAGUGUGCUUUAUGGACCAUGUGCUGCUAUGUAUGCCCAAAGUACUUGAAAUGCAAAUUUGGAGAGACUUUGCCGUCUAAAUGCUUGGCUGGAUUAAACGCCUAAUUAGGAUGGUUUUUCAACAGGUUGGAAACAUGCAGUCGGUACUUUGGUCUGGGAAGCCAUAUGGUUCAUCUCGAAGUAUCGUAAGGAAAAUUGGUACUAAUUUAUCUCUGAUCCAGUGUCCAAGAGUUCAAUUUCAGCUUACCAGCCCUACAACCGAAUGGAGCCCCAGCAAUCCAGAAGAGGAUGCAGUGGUGUCUUUUGCUGAUAUCGGAUGGGUAGCCAAAGAAGAUGGAGAGUGUUCAACAAGACGAAGGGCGGAGGUCAGGUCAAGGCAGCCCCUUCAGGAUGAACUUCCCUUCUUUGAGCAGCCCCCAAGCAGGCAGUUUUCCUUCCCAAGCCUGUCUCCAGAAGAGCCUCAGCUGCAGACCACGAUACUGGCCAACGAGGAAGCACUGCAGAAGAUCUGUGCCCUUGAGAGUGAACUUGCUGCUCUCAGAGCUCAGAUCGCUAAAAUUGUGACCCUGCAGGAACAGCAAAAUCUCAGUGCAGGUGAUUUAGAUUCUACCACAUCUGUUGCCACAGCACCGCCCUCUGUCCCACCAGCUCCCCCUCUGCCGCCUCCCCCUCCACCCCCUCCCCUCCCCCCAUCAGGGUUCCACCAAAACACAUCAGUUAUUGAUCUGAUUAAGGAACGAAAGGAGAAAAACGCCCGUGCUGGGAAGACUUCAGUCAAGAACAGUCCAAAGAAACCUGCUAUGCCAAAUAUGCUCGAGAUCCUUAAAGACAUGAAUAGUGUGAAACUGCGGUCAGUAAAAAGGUCAGACCAGGAUGCAAAGCCCAAACCAGUGGAUGCUGCUGACCCUGCUGCCCUCAUAGCAGAGGCUCUGAAAAGGAAGUUUGCUUAUCGGUAUCGAAGUGAUAGCCAAGGUGAAGCUGAAAAAGGAAUUCCAAAGUCUGAACCAGAGGUCUCCCCAGAAAGAGUGUUGGUGAGUACUGGGCAGACCCCUCUCAAGUUCACGCCGUGCUGCACACCUACAUCUUAUAAGACAUUCAGCCAUGUCCUCUGGAAGGUUGGAAAGGAUGUGCUGUGGGAUUUAGUCCCUCCCUGCUGCUAGGGGGUACGUGCCGGGAGCAUAAAGAAGGAAGCAAAAGUUAAGCCCUGGUUUCACUACUUAGCGUCUACAAUGUUAAAUUUUCCAUGCUCUGUUUUAUUUAUAUUUAAGCAUAAUGAAGUGAAAUUCAUUUCAAUAAAAUUUAUAUCUUAGGACUAUAUAUAUGUAGUGAUAGAGACAGGAGAGCUCAUUUUCUCUUAGAGUACCUGUGAAAGUCUUCUAAAGAGGGAGAGAGAUUUGAUCAGGGCCUCGGGCAGGAUGUGGGCCAUGGUGUAGGUGGAGACUGAGCAGAUUUCCUGGAAGCUCUCCAAUACUAAUUUAUACAUUCCCUUUUUCCAACUUACUGUCCUGGGGAAUAUGUGCUUAUCUAUUCCAGAGAGGCAGAUAGCUUAGAAAUUCUGGCAUCUUUGAAACACUUCAGACGUUGAAAAGAAACUCUGCCCCUUCCUUCAUUUUACUCAAAGUAAAGAGGACUAAGCUAGACUCUUGCUAAAAUGAUUGUAGUUUUCUUUUCUAGAAAGUAAUUUGGCUACGUUUUUGUCUUUCACUCUAUUACUAUGUUGUGCUUAUAACAACUAAUAUGUUGUGUUUAUAACAACCUGCCAGUUCAUAAAGGUUUUAAUAUUAUCUAGCUGCUUAGUUUUUCAUGCACAAAAUACUCAGCCCUUUGAUCCACGAUGGAGACGGGGGUUGGGUGAUGGGAAAGGGAGCAUAUGGCUAUUUUGACGUGAACCAGUGUCUUUCUGUUUCUCUUCUAGUUUGGGCCACACAUGUUGAAGUCUACAGGAAAAAUGAAGGCUUUAAUUGAAAACGUUUCAACUUCCUAACAGACAGUGAACUGAGAAAGACUCUCCUAGUUCUGCUGCUGGUUUGUUAGGGCUAUUUGGCUAGUAGAAAUCAACACUAUUUGGUAAAUGCCUGAAUUUAGUAUUCAGUGGUCUCCUUUUAAGUUUCAUUAGAGGAUUAAGCUGUAACAAAAGCACUCUGCUUUUAAGAGAAGGUCAGUUCUCAAGUUUUCCAUAACAUAUGUAUAUUCUGACAUAACAUGAUUUUAACCUAUAGCUAGGAUGUUUAGGUUUUCAGUCUUGAAAACAACUAUUUGGAUUUCAGAAAAAAGAAUGGACAUUUGUAGAUGUCAGUUUUUAAUUCCUAACACUAAUUUAUCUGUACAGAUGUUUUAUGUGCAUAUAUUUGGAUAUGAAAUAGGUAAAUUUAAGCAGUGGCAGCAAUGAGGGUGUGUUAGUGUCAUUCCUUUUCAAUGAUCAUUUCUAUUUAAUGACGGAACAGCUGGUAUUAUCCAAGUUGUUGAGUGAACGUGCGAGGUUGGACUAUCUUCUUGCCUUGAACAGAACUUUUAGCAUAGAUUCUCGCUCACAUUUUCAUGGAGAUGGGGUUUGAGUAAGGAACCAGACAAUGUUUGCUGCUGAAAUUCCAUAAUGCUUUCCUUUAGAGGGAAGUCAAGGAUCAUGAAAACUGUUUUCACCCAGUGCCAUCCAGUGCUGAGGAAGAAAAUGUAGUUUUCAAAUAGUGAGGAAUGAAAUUAUUGAAUUAAAUAUCUUUUUAAGUAAAACCAGAAUGUACCAUCUUCUUUUUCUUUCAGCUUAAUACUUUUGGAAAUGUCAGCCUAAUGGAGUUUAAAAUAUUUUAAUACUGGUCAAAAUAGUAGCUUUAUAAUUAAACAUUGAAUAGGCAAAAGAAUUUUCUGUAAGUUGCUGAUCAUUGGUCAGAAUGCUGCUCUGUUGAAUUACAUUGUGCAGCAUAAACCUGAGGCGAUUUAUUAGGAAGUGUGGAGCUGCCCUUCUCACCCAGGGCUUCUAAGGAAUUGCUACAAGGAUUUGUUAAAAUGCUUCAUAAGUUUUCAUGAUUUUCUGUAUUUCUGUUAAACUCAGCUAUUGUUAAUGCCAGAAUCUCCUACUAUGAAUAAGUGCUUGGAUUUAUUUAAACCUAGUGAAAAAAAGUUCUAUCUCCUGGGGGGAUUAGGAGAGGGGAAGAAUAGACAUUUAAGUUAUUAAAAAAAAUGUGCAAUGUUCUAAAUAAUAGCAAAUACUAGCUGAGGUACUUUUCAUGGUUUGGUCAUUCAGCUUAAAUUUGAACUUGGCUUAUUUUACAUGUUGUUGAUGUACAUUAUUUCUGAUUGUUUUAUAUGGUUUAAAAGUUCUGCCUUUAAAGAAAUUCAGAGAAUUCGCCUGAUACAAAUAUAAAUUUCUUAGGAGGUCAAAGUAUGUGUAUCAGUAUUGAAAUAUAAAAAGUCCAGUGCUCCAAUAUAAGGAAGUUACUGUUUUGAAAUAAAGCAAACUUACUUUCCUUGGGCCA